AUGCCUCUCGUCGGGGGAAAAAAAACUCCAUUCCCCAGCAUGCCCCACGGGGGCUGCGGUUGGCCGCGUCCAAUAGCAGCGGCAGCGAGGCGAGGGGCCGGACCCGGCGGCGGAGGAGGCCGUUUAAAGUGGUGGCGCUUGCGGGGCGUGAGGGGAAUGGCGGAGCCGGCGGAGUAUCCCCCUUUCCAGCUGGGGAAGCCCCGCUUCGAGCAGACUUCGUUUUAUGGCCGAUUCAGACACUUCUUGGACAUCGUUGACCCCCGCACUCUCUUUGUUACAGAGAGUCGUCUUAAAGAAGCUGUGCAGUUGCUGGAGGAUUAUAAACAUGGGACUUUACCCCCUGGAGUCACUAACAAAGAGCUUUGGGGAGCUCAAAAAAUAAAGCAGGCCAUCAUACAUCCUGAUACUAAUGAGAAGAUCUUCAUGCCUUUCAGAAUGUCAGGUUACAUUCCUUUUGGAACACCCAUCGUUGUUGGUCUUCUCCUGCCAAACCAGACGCUGGCGUCCACUGUUUUUUGGCAGUGGUUGAAUCAGAGCCACAACGCAUGUGUCAACUAUGCAAACCGAAAUGCAACUAAGCCUUCUCCAACAUCCAAGUUCAUCCAGGGCUACUUGGGAGCUGUCAUAAGUGCUGUCUCAAUUGCAGUGGGCCUUAAUGUUCUGGUUCAGAGAGCAAACAAGUUUACGCCAGCCACCCGCCUCCUGAUCCAGAGGUUUGUGCCAUUCCCUGCUGUAGCUAGUGCCAAUAUCUGCAAUGUUGUCCUGAUGAGGCACACAGAGCUGGAAGAAGGGAUUGACGUCCUGGACAGUAACGGAAACAUUGUCGGAUCUUCCAGAAUUGCUGCCAAACAUGCACUGAUAGAGACAGCCCUGACUAGAGUGGUCCUGCCAAUGCCUAUACUGGUUCUACCUCCAAUGAUAAUGUCUAUACUGGAAAAAACGUCUCUCCUGCGAUCCCGUCCCCGGAUGGUUCUCCCAGUGCAAGGCAUUGUGUGCCUCGCGGCCUUUGGCCUGGCUCUUCCCUUGGCCAUCAGUCUCUUUCCACAGAUGUCGGAGAUUGAGACAUCUCGACUGGAGCCAGAAAUUGCAAUGGCCACUACCAGUAAGACGGUUGUCUACAAUAAAGGAUUGUAA